AUGGCUGCGUUGAUGAUGAUUAGAGAUAUAAAACCACGUAACGACGGGAACGAAGAACAUGAACAACAGGAUACUGGUCGGGUUAUUCGAGACUUUAAAAACGUGUAUCCUGAAGUUAUUGAUUUAUUUAGAGGAGUUAAUGAUUCAAUUUCAAAACAUUCUAUAACCCUCGAUGAAGAGAAUAAAUUAACAGAUUAUAUAUUCGUCAUUAUUGCAGAAUUAAUGAAGAGAAUAAAUGAAAAAGGAAUUGGUGAUAUCAUUAAUGUCAGCGAUGUAAUGAUGAAAAGAAAUUUUGACUCAUUAUUUACAAAACCGAAAACAGAAUAUAGUCUUUAUGACGUAAUUACCGAAUUAAUGAAAAAGAUUAAUGAUAAUAAGAGUUCUGGCGGAAGAGUUGAAUUAGAAGUGAAUGAUGUUAAUAAGAAAUUAGCCGAAAAAGCAGAUAAAAACCAUGUUCAUUAUAUAACUUCAGAUGAACAGAUUAUAACGGAUUACCAUGGAUAUUUAACACAGGAUGAAAAAGUGAAGACGGAAGAUGUUAAUGAAAGAAGAUAUAAAUACAUUCGUGCUAAAGGUUAUGACAUAAGCUGUACUGUACAGUAUGACACAGGUAAAGCACAAGAAGCAUUUGGUUAUAACGAUGAAAUAUAUGCCUCUAGUUUCUUUGUUAACGGUGUAUUAGUUGAACCAAGAUUUAUGUUGAGAGUUAAGACAAAAAUAACUUUUGAAGAUGCUAUUAAAAGUAAAGCUGACAAAGAUGAACUUGACGCAACGAACAAAGUUUUGAAAUCUCAUAAACACAAUAUCUCCGAUAUAAAUGAACUUCAAGCUACAUUAAAUAGUAAAGCUGACAAGAACCAUACACAUGAAUCCUUCACUACUGUUAGAGCAGACGACAUAAUAUUGAACUAUACCCUUGGUUCAAGUGCACUUUUAGAGAAUCCAAGUACAAGCGUAAAAGAUACACUAAACUCCUUAAAUAGUAAAUGUAUGAACAUUGAAGGUCAUGUCAGAAACUUUGAAACAUAUGAACUACCAGCAAUGUUAGAUAAAAAAGCAGAUAAAGAACAUACACAUAACUCCUUCACUACUGUUAGAGCAGAUGACAUAAUAUUGAACUAUGAUUUGGGUUCAAGUGCACCUUUAGAGAAUCCGAGUACAAGCGUAAAAGAUACUCUUAACAAUUUAGAUAAGAGUUGCAGGAAUAUCGAAGGUCAUGCCAGAAACUUUGAAACAUAUGAACUACCAGCAAUGUUAGAUAAGAAAGCAGACAAAACAGAGCUUCAAACAUUAAAGACUGAAAUACUUCAAACAUUAUAUCCUAUAGGCUCUAUUUAUACGUCAAUGAACUCAACAAAUCCAGAAACAGUUUUAGGUUUUGGUAUGUGGAAGCAGAUUGUAGAUAAAUUCUUAUACUGUGCUAGAUAUUCAAAGCAAAGAGGAGGUUCGAAGAAAAUUAAAGAAGCAAACCUUCCACCGCACACUCAUACAGGAACUACAAACUUUUCUGGCGACCAUGGCCACUCAUUAAGAGACCACCCAUUAUACAACUCAGAGUAUGAAGCUGGCAAUGAUGUUUUAUCUCCAUCUUAUAACAAUGCAGCAAAAAAGAUUUUUCGACCAACUGAACCGGGAGGAAAUCAUUCACACACUUUCACAACAAAUCCAACAGGCUCGGGUGCAGAUUAUAUGCCACCAUUUGUGGCUAUAUUCGCAUGGUACCGCGUUCAAUGA